CGCUCCGAGCCGCCUCUGCCGCCGCUGCUCCGAGCCGCCCGCAGCCACCGCCGGCGGGGCCGCGCUCCAUGGCGACCCCCAGCCCCUGCAUCGUGAUUGGUGAUGAUGAACAAGGCUACGACCUGGAUUUGUUCUGCAUACCUAAGCAUUAUGCAGAUGAUUUGGAAAAAGUCUAUAUUCCUCAUGGGCUCAUCAUGGACAGGACGGAGAGACUGGCACGAGAAAUUAUGAAGGGCAUGGGAGGACACCACAUUGUGGCACUCUGUGUACUGAAGGGUGGCUAUAAAUUUUUUGCUGAUUUAUUAGACUACAUCAAAGCCCUGAACAGAAACAGUGACAAAUCAAUCCCCAUGACUGUCGACUUCAUUAGGCUGAAGAGUUACUGUAAUGAUCAGUCAACUGGAGAUAUCAAAGUCAUUGGGGGAGAUGACCUCUCAACCUUGACCGGAAAGAAUGUUUUGAUUGUAGAAGAUAUAAUUGAUACUGGUAAAACAAUGAAAACGUUGCUGUCUCUACUUAAGCAGUACAAUCCAAAGAUGGUGAAAGUAGCCAGUUUGUUGGUAAAAAGAACUCCUCGAAGUGUUGGAUAUCGACCAGACUUUGUUGGAUUUGAAGUGCCAGACAAGUUUGUUGUGGGAUACGCCCUAGAUUACAAUGAAUACUUUAGAGAUUUGAACCAUAUCUGUGUGAUCAGCGAGACAGGGAAGCAGAAGUACAAAGCAUGAAAGCAGAGUUCAAGUGCUGUGACAACAGAGCUUUGAAAUGUUUUGUUUACUGAGUCCUAUCUUUCACAGGCUUCAGCUCUGGCACACCAGCUACACUUGUAGAAUGCCCCAACCCCAUUGCUAUAUGCUUACUAUAAUUUAUUGCAUGUACAAUAUAAGAGCUCGUCUUGUUCAUUUAUAUUUUAGAAAUGUAAACAACUAGUGCAGUUCUGCACUCCUUAUUUUGAUUUGCACUAUGACUCUACCGACUAUCGCUGCCCCUGGUUGGGUUGUGCUGUUUGUGAGCUCCAGAGUCUAACUCUUGCAGUGGUAAAUUGCUUAAACCUCAUCAACCCAGAACUGAAAUAGUUCAAGUACUGUAAAUGUAAAACAUUUUAUGAUAGGGAAGUCUAUUAGUAAUAUUUUUAAAAUCUGUAAUUUAAGUUUUAUAUUUUAAUGCACAGAUGUGAUUGUGAUUAAUGGAUAGUUGCACCUUUGGGUGUUAUAAAGCAUGAGGAACAGCCAGUUACAGUAUCUGUAAUCUCCAAGGAGCUCAUUCAAAUCUCCGGGAGUUGCCUUAUUGCUGUAAAGGAAGUCUGCGUGGAAAAAAUGUCUUUUUCCUUUUUUUCUUUUUUUUAAAAGAUGGAAUGACAAAACAGAAUGUUUAAAAUCUAGUUUUAGUUGAGUUGCCUAUUUCUGUUAGAUUUUUUUCUUUAAAAAUAUCCAUCGGUCUGUGGAAUUGCCUUUUAAAUUUAAACAAUUUUAAUAUAUUUGUGGAAAAAAAAAAGUAUUGUAAUGUUUACUUUACAAGAUCUACAAAGCAAAAUUCUUUAAAUAAAGGCUGUCUCUUUAAAAUAAGCCCCACACAUCUAUCCCACUCAUUCUGUAUAUUAAAGUGCUCUUGAAAUUUCCUUCUCAGUAAUAUUGCCCAUAAGUGUUUGUGACAGUGUAGGCAGACUCAGCAUUUGUUACCUUUGUAGAGCUUCUGGUUAACACAAUCCUGUCUCUGAUAGAUGAUAAAGUGCUGAGGGAAGACAUUGAAACAGUUGCAUAUUUUCUAACCAAACUAGAUUUCAGAGAAUAUGGUUUAAGCACUGAUCUUUGUUCUGUCUUGGCAAAAAUGAAGAGUGGAGGUUCCAUGUUCAUUAAACAUAUCCAUGUGGGAAAAAAAAAGCCAAACCACAACCAUUUUGUAAGUAAUCAUUUUGGUUUGUUUCACCAACACUUCUGUUUGUGUGGAGUUCGGUUCUGGCCUCGGCAGCCCAGCUCACACCUGCAUUUGUGCCGUGCUUUCUGGGUCUCGUUCUUCUGCACGUGGAUUCUCCCACCAUAUCCUCGGAUUUAACGCUGCUCAGUGCUUACACACAAUGGAGUUUUUGAAAGAUUCUGUUUUGAAAGAUUUUUCUGUGGUUUCAAAGUUUGAGUCUUUCCCAAGUGCUUCACACUGUUGCCCAUCCAUGGCCUGCUCAGGUACAGCUGCAGUAGUUAAUAGCAGACCUAAAAUAUGAAUUCACACACUGUCAUCCACAUCAAAUGACCACACUGUAUGAGAGAUCUAUUUGUAAAUCACAAUUCUCAUUACAAGUGUUAGAACGCUGGUCAUGAUUAUACUGUACUUUUGCAAUGUUCUGGGUAAUGUUCCAAAGAGCUUUUAUCUCAAUGCACUACAAAGUCUGAUUGUAUUUCUCAACGUUUGUGUAUCUGCCUUUUCAAGAGCCUGUGACUUGUUGCAAAAAUGUGCAAUGCAUCUCCAAGAAGAGGAAACACAAAAGCAACGCGAGAAAAUAUAAACCCACUUGAAAAUUAUUGUAUCUACUCAAGUUUUCAUUAGUUCUGGUUGAACUUAAGGUCUGAUCUUAAAAAACAGUGUUUUCUUCAACCUUAGUAAUUCCCACUUCACAAUGUGCUUUAAAAUAACUUCCUGGCAUCUAGAGAGUGUACUAGGUGGCUUAAAAGUAUGUAUUUACACAUGAAAACAAGGAGUAUUGAUGAUGUUCAAUAUUCAAUUAGUUGCUCCUGAAAUGUUUUCCUAUCAUGGUUAAGAUGGUUAUUUACAUGCUGUGAUUUGGGAAAGGGAGGAGGGUUUGAAUUAGUCAUAACAAGGGGUUUAUCUUUUGAACCAUAGCUGGAGUGGGGAAAUUCCUGGUCUGUUGGGGGUAAGGGGUGGAACUGCAUGGACUGUGUGGUCACAGAAGAGGUUUGGGAAGAUACUCUUGAGCCACACUGACCCUGGGGGCGAUGCUGCAGGAGCCCAGGUCUGCCCUCUAACAAACCUCACCUGUGUCUGAUGGAAAAGGGCAAUAUUAAAAAAAAAAAUAAAUCUUACUUUUCAACUUUUGGGGAACAGGCACUGUUUCACUUCCUUCACACAGGUGUUUGUCAGAUGUUGUUCUCUAUGAAAAUUAUUCAGAGAAAAAGUUACCCACUCCACCCUUCUAGAACAGUUCUAACUAAUGUAGCCUUUCACAGCACCUGUGUGUGCGCUACAGGGAGAUAAAUCCUCAGGUGAAAAGAGUUGAAAACAUAAUUGUUACUUUUAUUCAGUCAUUUUGGUUAAAAGACUAGGGGUUUAGUAACACCUUUGCAAGUUAAAUGUCAACUUUAUACAACCCAGACAUAUAAUGUUAAAGCAUUAGGAAAGCACAGAGGAAUAUCUUGUAUUUGAACAUUUAUGUGGCAUUUGAAAUUCAUUAUAGUUCCACAUUUUAUGAAUCACAAAUGUAUGCUGAAAAAAUAAUUCUGACUAUUUAUAGGCUUUGCCAUACCAUCUCUGCCUGUGACAUCUGGCAUUUCUGUACAUUUUGGUAACUCUCGCCUGCCACAGACAGAUGUGAUGAAAAGUCUUUCUGUGAACUGAGCUGGCAGUUCACUUGUUUUUGGGGGUUUUUUUGGCAGUUCUGGUUUUGAAAAUUGAGGCAAAUAAGCAUCUUUGAGUUGCCUUGUAAUUGUAUAUCCUGACUGAUUAAAUGUUGGUGGUGUUUCA